GCAAGGAGCAGGCCUGUUUUAAUACUCUGGCUGCAGUCCGCUUCAGAGGUGAUUACAGUAAUGAAUUGUUUCUCCGCGCCGCGCCGCACCGCACCGCCCCCACCCUCUUCUCCCAGAGGUCUGUCCCAGAACGCCUCGAAGGCCCUCCUCACACUCCCGAUGUCCCGACGCGUGUUCGGCUUAGCUCAACGCCCCGUCCUCCGACGACCCGGCUCCGCUGAGUCCCCGCCCCCAUGCCGCUCCGCCCUUUCACUGCGCGUGCACGCAGAUUCCCGCAAACCCGGAAGCGGAGCGCGGCAAGUGGAGGUCUCUCAGCUCCGCGAUAUGUGCAACAUCUCUUACAACAUCUCACAGACUAUGAAUGUGUGUUUGGCUGAAGAAUUCUCAGGGGAGAUGGAGGUUACAGGACCUCUGAAGACUUGUGUUGCGUGAGGAAGAAGCCGAGAAGAUGAAAGAAAAUGUGUCAUGAAUGGGUCUUUCUCAGAGCACGGAUCUAGGUCAUGUGGGCUCAGUAGUUGUGAUGCUUGGAUUUAGCUGCCUUGUGAUAUAUGAUGUCUUCCUGGACCAGGGAGCUAACCCGUGUUCCCUGGCAGUGGAUUCCUAACCAUUGGACCUACAGCGAAGUCUCUCAUCUAAUGUUUGUAUAAGCACCUGUGAGAUCCACUGAGGGGAAGCUGAAACCACAAAUAAAUUCUCCCAGACUGAAUUUUUUGUUCGUUUGUUUCGUUAUGGGGUUCUUAAAGUUAACCAUUAUAUGUCUUUGUAUUCACCUUUUAAUUUGAUCUUUUCAGAGGUACAAAUAAAACUAUAAGAAAGCUG